UGAACCAGUUCGGUCACACAGUUGAUAGCAGCGGUAGUAGCUCAUCAACGGGUAUGAAUUCUGGGGUUCUCCAUUCGAUCAUCUUAUCUAGCCCAACGGAAAGCCGGACCACACGGUCAUAGUUUAUUUUUUGCUCAACGUCGUAGACGCAGAAAGUGGCCUGUGUAUGUGUGUUUGUGUAUCAAGUGCGCCAACAUUAUCGUUGCCCCCAUUUCUCUGUGAGUGAACGAAUAUACCCCCCUUGUUUUCCAGCAGCUUGCCGGAGGGCAUUUCCCACGUAGAAGCGUAUGAAAUGCACGGUUUCUAGUUGACAAAAUUUGAAAAUUAAUGCUGGACCGCUUGGAGUGGGGAUUUUUUUUUUCUGCAACUCAUCAUACUUUAGGAUGAAAAAAACCGUGGUCGCGGUCGUGGCCGUCAACGUCGUUUGCGUAGUUGGUUAAUUUCCUGGAAGUGCUGUGAGUAACGGUUGACCUGCAAAGGGGUCUAUUUCUUUCGGGAAUUUUUGCGUUUGACCUGACCCCGGCAGUGGAUCGUAAGAAGUGGUGUGUGGUUACAAGUAAUACAGUGCACGUCAAGUUUUUGAACAGCAAAAUAAAUAUUUAAUGAUUCGUGAAGGGCGGCAUAAUUCAUCACUUGGAAAAAUUACAGCUAAGUGUGUUGCUACUGUAGAAGCUGGGCCACAAUCCGAGCCGGAAAGUUAUCGCAAGGUGAAUGCUGUGUGAAAAUAUGUGAGGCAGAAAAAGAAAAUCACGCCUUUCCGAGAGCCAAUGUAGAGCCAUAAAUCAUCCAACUCCGAGCGCUGAACAGAGGAUAAAGAAAAUUUCGAAUUGAUUUUCCGAUCCGGCUCUCAUUCAUAGCAAAUUGUGAUUAUUGCUGAAAGUACUGUUCCCGGUAUGGAUUAAAAUCCCCUGCGGCAUGACGUGGAGUUCUUUUGAUUGCGAGACUGAAAGUGAAGUGUGAUGUCGCUGAUUGGAGCAAGCAAGCAAGUCACUCUGGAAAAAUCCUCGACACACCUGCAUACAGUCCGUCUGAGCUGGCGAACGGAGAACAGCGGAAGUUUCACUCCGUCUUCAGGUUCAGCCUAGCCAAGCCAGCAGCAGCAUCACCUUUACCGUGUUCAUCGUCAUCACCGUCGUCGUCAUCGUCAUCGUCAUCGUCUUCGCUAUCACAAUCGGUGAUGUGAUGUGAUGUGAAGUGAAGCCACCAUCAGUUCAAGGACUUGCCAGUGGAUGCGGGUAGACUUACUAUAGCUGUUACCGAAAAGCGAACAAAAAGGGUUGGGCGGAUAUAUAAAUCCAACAACGGAACACCAAAGAAAUAUUUACGAAACCAGAGCAACUAAUUAAAUCCAUCAGUGGAUUAACUUCAUGUCAUGUCAACCGAACGGCACUGUGAUCCUGUCCACGAACUGUCUAGCCACCGGCGGAGAAGUUCCAGCCACAGCAACAACAACAACCAGACUUGCCAAAACCGAUGAGGAUACCAUCACCGACCGGCACGGAAGAAUGCAUUCGGACAGCGAGCAUCACAAAAAUGUCCCACUUCACCAACAAUGACCAUUAAUCGCGCCGGUAAUGAUGUUCCGCGACAUCUUGCUUUGCGUCUGCUAGAAGCUUCAUUCAUCAGCUGGGGAACCACGUCGAAGUGUUGGUUCGGGUGUUUUAUUCACGUCGUUCGACAGGGAAUCGUCGGCACUACCAACAGUUUCCGGUGGUUUCAAGUGUUGUGUGUGCUGCUCACGGUGAUCAUCCCACGUAACGGUUCGAGUUACGCCAAAAAUGAGAAGGAAAGUUUCGUUAAAACGACCGAUGUCGAAGCUAUCGAGGACCACCAGGCCAUCCUGUACUGUCCACUUCUAGCGUCGAAUCGCGAUAAAAUCAAUAUGGUGCUGUGGUUUAGAGACAACGCUGGCAUUCCACUGUACAGCCUGGACGUCCGGGGAAAGUCGCUCGAUGACGCCCAGCACUGGUCCGCGCCGCAGGUUUUUGGAACACGAGCCCGUUACGUCAUCGAAAGUGACCCGGCGUAUUUGGAAUUGAAUGAAAUUAAACGCCACGAUCAAGGUGUUUAUCGGUGCCGAGUCGAUUUCCAAAACAGCCAAACACAGAGCUUUCGCUUCAAUCUCACCGUUAUUAUUCCACCCGAGCCACCGGUGAUACUAGAUCGAUGGGGACGCGUAAUAAAUAGUACAAUAAUAGGACCAAAGGAGGAAGGAGAUGAUAUACUGCUCACUUGUCGAGUGGUUGGAGGAAGGCCACAGCCCGAUGUGCUCUGGUUUAUCAACGAUAAUCUGGUGGACAACCAGAUUGAGCAGAACACCGGCAACGUCAUCGAGAACCGGCUGCUGUGGACGUCGGUCCAGCGGCACCAUCUGCACUCGGUGUUCACCUGUCAAGCCACCAACACUAAGCUGAUGCCGGCUCGGUACAGCAAGUUCGUGCUAGAUAUGUACCUAAAACCACAAACCGUCAAAAUCCUAAACUCAACACAGUCGCUGGCCGCCCACAAAGAGUAUCGAAUCGUGUGUCAAAGUAGCGGCGCCCGGCCGGAUGCUGUGAUAACCUGGACGAAGGGCAAGAAAUCACUCAAACGCUUCAAGGAACACGUCAUCCACAAUGUAACCGUUUCGGUGCUUAACUUCGUCCCGACGGUGGAAGACGACGGACGUUUACUGGGAUGCCGCGCUGAAAACCCCAAAGUUCCUGGCCUCUAUCUGGAACAGUUUCAAAACAUUAGUGUUCACUAUCCUCCGGUGGUAAACCUACAGCUUGGUUCAACGCUUUCCAUCGAUGACAUUAAGGAAGGCGAUGACAUCUACUUCGAAUGCAGAAUACAAUCAAAUCCUGCGUGGCGGAGACUUGCCUGGCUACACAAUGGAGUGCAACUACCUCAGAACUCAUCGUCUACGAAAAUCGUGCGCUCGAACCAGAGUCUGGUGAUUCAGAAGGUGACACGCAGUUCGAGUGGGGCGUACCAGUGCGGGGCACUCAACACCGAGGGUGAGACGCUCAGCAACGCCAUCGAGCUGAACAUUAAGUACAUCCCAAUCUGUGCCACCGACAAGAUCGUCAGCAUGGGCGUAUCGACCGACGAGACCGUGCUGAUCAGUUGUAACAUCAUCACCCAUCCUCCGGCAAGCCGUUUUUACUGGCGGUUCGAAAACUCCGAAGAAGUGAUCGAAAUCGACCCGGCAAGGUAUACGAACAAUGGCACUAGCAGCCACCUAGAAUACACCCCCAGCACCGAGCGAGACUACGGAACGCUUUCCUGCUGGGGAACGAAUGAAAUUGGAACGAUGGCGGUACCGUGCAUCUAUCACUUGAUCACCGCCGGGCUACCAACACCGGUCAUUAACUGUGGCUGGAAAAACGACAGCACUUCGAUAGAGGUCAACUGUCACGCUGGCUACGACGGUGGCCUGCGGCAAAAGUUUGUGCUUGAGAUUCUAUCCAGUCAGAAUCCAGGGUUCGGGAUUAACCUCACCAACGCGGAGGAACCUUCAUUCAAGCUCACGUUCACUGCACUUAGGGAAAAACUGCCAAACACUCACCAGUCGGAUCUACUCAAACUAUUCACGUAUGCCGUCAAUCAGAAGGGUAAAAGUACACAAGUGUUCAUAGCUGACUUAUUAGUGCCGGCCGUCGAAGAGCAGGAGCAAACCGGAGGGGAGAAGUCUCCUCUGCUUACACCGAUUCUAAUUGGACUGCUUGUAACUAUCGUGCUCAUCAUAGUCGUUAUAGUUGUAAGAAUUUAUCUGAAAUCGAAAAGACUUAAGCAAACUAUUGGUAAGGAGAAACGGUACACGGAGGAGUCCAAGAAUACUUUACUUCUGAUGGAACAACCCAAGAAGGACAAAUCUCAAAAGGCUUCCAAAUGGAAAAAUAGCAUGGGUAGUAGCUUAAAAACUAGGAGUAAGAUCGAAACCAUAGACGAUGAACAAGACCCCGACCUGAUUCCUUAUCCCCGGCUCACCGACAUCCAACAAGAGGAACUGAUUCCGAUGAAUUCGGAUGUCUCAUUCAAACCGAAAACGGUCCGACUGCCGGCAGUGACCGCUACCACCUCGACUGCGUCCACGACUACCAUCAGCUUCAAGGACGAGGACGUAUCCGAGGCGGAAAUCAACCUGAAAGGAAUUGAGGACUUUCUCAUGACAAAUCACGUGCCGGAGAGUUGUGUGUGAUAUCGACGACCGAAUCUCCUCAAUCCCAUUAGCGGAACGAACGCAAAAGCAAUCCCCAUCAGUCCACGAUCGUUGGCUGCGCCAUCCUGUCCUCGUAAAUGUGCGCGAGGGUAGUGUUUUGUAUAAUGCCAGUAUUUUCGUGUUUAGCAUGUAAGUUAUGAAUGUGCUUGGGUGCUUUGGACAACAUCAAUCAAAUACACAUUGAAUUUUAAAACCGGUGAAUGAUGUGAAAUUUUCUGUUCCGAUCAUUGUUUCGUCAAAACAUCUAACUGUAGAAAAACAGAAGAAAGAAAGUAACUUAAAGGCCGCUUUGUAGUAUAAGCAAACGAUACAGCGAGACGGAAAAGAAACGACAGAACAUGGAAACAAUAAUUUAACAAUGCAGUUGAAAAAAGUCGAACAAAUAAUAGUAAAAAAAACAUAGAUAAAAAAAUACUAUAAAAAUCUGUAUUCAAUAUGGAAGUGUACCUAAAAGAUAUAUUAUUGUAACAUUAUUGCUACUAAAAACUAUUAUUGAAAGGAUUGUUUGUACAAUAAAGAGAUUUUAUAU